AAAGCAACAUCACUAUCUGGCCUCACUAAACGAUGUUGGCAAACGAAACGAACAAGCUGCUGCUUUCCUCGCAGCAGGAAAAACCCAAUCACUACACCUACCUGAAGGAGUUCCGCGUGGAGCAGUGCCUGUCCUUUUUGCAGCACAAGUGCAACCAACAUCGCCCCUUCGUCUGUUUCAAUUGGCAUUUUCAAAACCAGCGUCGGCGUCGCCCAGUGCGAAAACGCGAUGGAACUUUCAACUAUAGCGCUGAUAAUUAUUGCACCAAAUAUGAUGAAACCACUGGAAUAUGUCCCGAAGGAGAUGAAUGCCCUUUUUUACACCGCACUGCUGGGGACACCGAAAGACGCUAUCAUUUGCGCUACUACAAGACAUGCAUGUGCGUCCACGACACCGAUAGUCGAGGAUACUGCGUCAAGAACGGACUACACUGCGCUUUUGCCCACGGCAUGCAGGACCAGCGCCCACCGGUUUAUGACAUCAAAGAGCUGGAGACUCUGCAAAACGCAGAGACUACCCUGGACAGUACUAAUGCUCUGAAUGCCCUGGAUAAAGAGCGCAAUCUGAUGAACGAGGACCCGAAGUGGCAGGACACCAACUAUGUGCUGGCCAACUACAAGACAGAGCCAUGCAAGCGCCCACCGCGUUUGUGCCGUCAAGGAUAUGCUUGUCCACAGUACCACAAUAGUAAGGACAAGCGUCGCUCGCCCAGGAAGUACAAGUACAGAUCGACUCCUUGCCCCAAUGUGAAGCACGGCGAGGAAUGGGGAGAACCGGGUAACUGCGAGGCCGGGGACAACUGCCAAUACUGCCACACACGCACCGAGCAGCAGUUUCAUCCGGAGAUCUACAAGUCGACCAAGUGCAACGAUGUACAACAGGCUGGCUACUGUCCGCGCAGCGUUUUCUGCGCCUUUGCCCAUGUGGAACUUGGCUCAUUUGCCGAGGAGAAGAUGCGUGAUCACGAUGUAUCCCUGAGUGAGCUUUUUUCCAAUGCCUUGCCUGACCUAAAGGCUCAGGAUGCGUUCCAAAGGGGCGAUAAUUUAUUGAGCAUUGAUGGUAAUAGUACCAAUAAAAUGUUGGUAGAUGCUUUGGAAAACACAACAAAUUCCAGCAAAUUUUUAAGUUUCUCACAACUCCUGGACAGUCGUUCUUGCUCACUGGACGAUCCGCGCGAGAACUCAUUGUCGGCGAGUCUGGCCAAUACUAGCUUAUUAACACGUUCCUCGGCGCCAAUUAACAUUCCUAAUACGACUCUAAGUAACUCAAUUAACGAUUUCAACUCAGGUGGCUUCGCCGUCAACAUUCCCAGCAACUCGCUCACCUACAGCCCCACCAACCAUGCCAAUCUCUUCAACGUGGACGCCUUCAACUACGGCGGCUCGAACAAGCUCAGCAAUUCACUUUCGGCCACCCAGAACGAUAGCAGUCUUUUCUUUCCAUCUCGCAUUAUAUCGCCCGGUUUUGGCGAUGGCUUAUCAAUCAGUCCUUCGGUCAGGAUAUCCGAAUUGAAUACUAUACGCGAUGAUAUCAACAGCAGCUCGGUGGGAAAUAGUCUGUUUGAGAACACUCUGAAUACGGCCAAGAAUGCGUUCAGUCUGCAAUCUCUGCAGUCGCAAAAUAACACUGACCUAGGACGCAUCACCAACGAGUUGCUUACAAAGAAUGCUCAGAUCCACAAGAUGAACAUACGCUACGAGGACAUAGUUUGCAAGCUGAAGAUCGCUGAACUACAUCGCGACAAAGCCAAAGAGGAGGCACAGGAAUGGAAGGAGCGCUAUGAUCUGGCCCAAAUACAGCUGAACUUGCCGGCAGAGCUGCGGGACUUGUCCAUACAGAAAUUAAAGCAAUUGCAGUCAAAGCUGCGCACCGACUUAGAGGAGGUCGACAAAGUAUUAUAUUUAGAGAACGCCAAGAAAUGUAUGAAGUGCGAGGAAAACAAUCGUACGGUUACUCUCGAGCCGUGCAAUCACCUGUCCAUCUGCAAUACGUGCGCUGGCUCGGUCACCGAGUGUCCCUACUGUCAGGUGCCGGUGAUAACAACCCAUACCUAGAACAUGUUUUAUCAGCAACAGGACCACAAGUGGCCCUUUGGCUGAAAAUCGGAUAUGAAAGGAGAUUUAUAUUCGAAAUGCAGAUGGAUCUUUGGGGAUCAAAAACGCGAACAGCAUGACAAUGUGGUACUACUCACAAAGCAAACUUUAGUCAUAAGCAAAACGUUGAAACUUUUGAUCGAUUAGGAGAUGCCACAUGCCACCCAUGUGUGAUCAUGUGGCAAAGAAUAUAUAAUUUAUAUUUCCAAUCUAUGCAAAUUAUGCAAAUUAUCGUCAUGAAUAUUAGCAAUUACUAGGCACAAACUAUUAAUUGAAUUAGAUAGCAGCUCUAAACAAAUAAGUAUAAAGUUUUAUAUUUGUUUAUUUUUUUCACAAAAACGAAUACAGGAAAAAUGUUUUAAAUUUGAUUUUUUACUCUACUUUUAUGUAACCAAAUCUUUUAAUUUUGUUUAAAAUAUUUUCUGUGUUUAGGCAUAUAUAUAUAUCUUGUGUUUACAUCUAAUCAACUGCACGAAUUUGCAAUAUCUCACAUUUAUUUUUUUUAAUCACUAAUAUAUUUUGUGUAUCUCUAUAUUUGUAUUGAAAUAUGCUACACUUUCAGUCAUAUUGUACUUUUCACUAGUAUUACUUAAGGAAUUAUGAGAACUAAGCCAUUACAUAAUGUAAUUGGUUGGAGGAUAUGAUAAAUAUAUAAUAUAUUAAUUUUUCUAGACACUUUUAGCAAUUGACUAUUAACAAAUUUAUAGAAACCAACAAAUUGAACAAGUUAAUAAUCUUUAACAAUGUAUUGUCGCAUAUAAGAGCAGCAAACAACCACAAACAAACAAACAAAAACCACCAGUGAUUUUAUAUAAGCCGAUUUUCAAACUGUAUUUUAUAUGUAUGUGUUUCUUGUGAAAGCAAACUACAACUGAAAGCCAAGACAAGCGUCAUAAAAUCUAUGUAACUGACAGAUAAUUAUUCUGCUUGAUUUUCCAAACUGCACAAAAGUAAUUAUAGACGUUUAAAUGAAACGAGAGAGUACAUUUUGUUUUCCGAAAACACUAUUAAGACACUUUGCUUUUAUUUGGGCUUCGGCUGGUGAAUCCUCUGUAAACCAAUGCCAAUAGCCAGACACAAAAUUACAAACUUACUUAUAUACUCUAUUAGGUUAUUUUGUGAUUUAUAUAGUGCUUUAAGUACUUACUUUGCAGCUGACUUCAGUUUUCAUUUUACUUUCAUAGUCUCAACUGGACGCUUCCAAUUUAGUAAAAGCAAAAAAAUUAAGAAUGAAAAAAAAAGAAUUGUCAAUGUCAGAACGUAAUAUUUAAGAUAUAUGAAAUCAAGCAUUUGGCUGAUGGUACAAGAACGAAUAUGAAUAGAUAUAUAUAUGAAAAUAUAUUUAUGGAAAAUUUGAAUGCAGAUUCGAUGAGUGUGAUGUAGAAAGCAUAAACAAUAAAGGUAACUCGAUACAGCGAAAUGAACAGAGUUUAAUGAAAAAUGUUAACCAGAGUUAAUGUAAAAAAGAAACCGUCUUCAAAAGCCAAUGUAUUUUUUUCUGCAAAAAUAAAGUUAUCAAACGUAAUCAAUUGGUAGUUGUGGACAAUGUUGUUUGAAACUGAAACGUGUUGUUAGCUAGUUGAGUUAAAUUGAUGAACAUGUUUUUGGAAUGUAUUGAAAAUGAAACAGCUUAGGCAUUUAUUGAAAACAAAAGCAACACUAAAAAAAAGUUCAAAAAAAUAAUACAAAAAAAAAUAUAUAUAUUAUUACAAAGCUAACUAGGAAAGCGCAAGGCAAAGGCUUUUAUCUCUGUGUGUGUUUGUACUGUGUUUUGUAGAAGCCAAAUCAUCAAGAAAUACAAAUUAAUAAACAUAACAAUAACAAAUGUGUGUUAACUUAUAAAUGCUUUAAUAGUUUAUGACAAAAGUGUACACAAAACCCAAAAACAAAAGCUACAAAAAAAAAAAAAAACUAAAAAUCACAAGAACAAAUAAUAAGUAAAUUGGUUUUAUAAUGGAGCUGUUGAGUCGCAGAUAUGGUAUGCGGUGUGUUUAAUACCAAAACUAAACUCUCAGAUAAUCCUUGACUCUCAUCGACCGGGCACAGUUUAAAGAUUUGCUAAUUUACUUUUUAAAUCUCUACGAAUAUAUACAUGGGAUAUAUCUAUCUAUCUAUCUAUCGACUUACGGGUUUGCCAACCUCAAUCCAAAACCAACCAAUGCAAAGCAAUUUUACAACAUGUCAAGAAAUCCAUUUCACGCCAUCUCUCAACUGUGAGGAAUCAAAUCAGAAACCAGAUCGAAAAGUAUAUGUACGUUACAUACAUAUAUAUUUAUAGAUGACACAUGUAUUUUGUAUACGCUACUGUAAGAGUGAUUUUUAUGUGAUUUUGAAACUACUUGAAUAUGUGAUCCAGAAAUAUAUAAAAAACAAAAAAAAAAGAACAAAAAAAAAACACAAAAUAUUUAUAUAUAUGAAUGCAAGCUCGCGGCAGCAAACAGCAAUAAAACAAAUCAAAUUGUAAACCAACUUGACUUUAUGUACAAGAACAAAUGACAACAAACAAAAAUGUAUAUGUUGUAAAGCUCCAGCUCCAUUUAGAAAACAAAAGGCAAGGAGGUGACCCAUAAUAGUUGAAAGAAAAUAUAUGGACACACAAAGAAUAUUAAAAAGGAAACAAAUUGUCAUGUACACGUAGACCAGAAACAUCAAAAUCGUAAUGAAAAAUCAAGAAACUAAAUGUCUAAAAUAUCAAAUUGAAUUACUAGCUAGCUUAUAGGGUUAUCAAACAAAAAAAAAAAUUAAAACGAAGAAACCACAAAUGAAUAACAAAGGCAAAGGCAAUUUACUUCUCUAGAACUAGAACAAAACGAAUAAAUGUUUGCUACCAACUGUUUCAACUAGUUAAUUCGUAAUAAAUUAACAAAUUAUAGAAAACUGUGUAACUAAAGGUUUAACAAGAAUAGCAACCAAAAACAAAACAAAUGAAAACAUGACAACUCUGAACACCGAACAGGAAUUUUAACGAUGAAAUCGCAGAGACCGAGCAACUUGCAACCGAAAGUACUGUCUAGUAUUUUAAACUUGUCUACAAACAAAUAUGAAUCAAAUAGAUUUAUGCAAUUUUGUGCGAACCAAGCCCACACAGACACACACACAAUAAGUGAAGGAACACCACGUUGAACUAGGUGGAAUCAAUAUUAAAUUAUGAAAUGAAAUGAAAUUAUUUUUUUUCUAGAAUACUACAAAUGUGUGUCAAGACCUAAAAUGAAAUAAGCAGAAUUUGAAACUUUUACUAGAGAUAAACGCUGAACUAGACUCGAACAUUUUCGACAGCUCUUCAUAAGUUAACUUACAACUAGCCUAGGCUAUAGGUAAUAUGACAAAUAUAUAUAUAUUUACCUAUCUAGAAUAUCUAUGAAAAUUUUAUACUUGAUUUGCGGUUCAUGUCAUGGAUAAAUCUCCUUUAGUUCUUGAUCAGUUUAUAUAUUUGUAACUUCUCUUUGUCUACCCUCAAUGAUAUUAACACCGAUGAAUUGAUAUUGACCAGCAGUCAUAUAGCUCUUGACUUGUAAAGUAUCUUAUCGGGGAUUAAUUGCCGCGGAAAUGCGGUCAUAGCAAUUUAUUUUAUCACUUGCAGUAAAAAUUAAUGUAUGAACAUCCCCUGAGCCCCUUAUAAAACUUAAAGACCAAACACCAUAUUUGCUUAACGAUCUUUAUUUGCUUCCAUAACUCUUUCCUUUCGUUCGUUUCUUAGUGACUGGCUUUAUUACCAUUAACCAGCCUCACCAGGCAAAUGUUGUGUGUUAUUGCUAAAGUUAUUGUCAAAAAGUGAAUAUAUUUAUAUGUACAUUUAGAGAGAGACCGAAACAAGAAAAUUAGUAUUGUAAUGUUUGAAAAAUGAACAAACCGAAAAGCAAAUGACAAAGCUAGAAACAAUAGACUCCGACUCAAAAAAAGAACACCCUUCCACAUUGUAGACAAUGCAACCUUAACAAAUCAAUUAUUUAACUAGUUAUGCCCACAGAGGAUAUGGAUAAAAAUAUUUGAAUAUUUAUAUAGAUAUAUAUAUAUAAAACAUAUUACCUAUGAUAGCAUUAUCAAAUUAUUAUCAAAGCAAAAAUUGUGUAGCAAUUUAGUUAUGUAUUUCGAAAUCGUGAACAAAUGUUUGUCCAAGGCGACCACAAAAGCAACAAAAUGCAUCUGCCUCAAUCCGAAUAUACACACCUCUAUAUAUUUACGAACCUAAGUGUUGGCAAUAAUCGACUGGACAGCAGGAGUUUCUAUAUAGGCAUUUGCUAUGAAGAGUUACUACUAUGUAAACUAUGCAAUUAACAAAUUGAUAAAUACAAAUUACUAUUUAAAAGAAUGAUUAAUAAAACCGUGUUUAAAGC